AUGAGCACAGCAGGCAAAGUCAUUAAAUGCAAAGCAGCAGUACUGUGGGAAGCCAAUAAACCACUUUCUAUGGAGGAAGUGGAAGUUGCCCCACCGAAAGCACAUGAAGUUCGCAUAAAGAUUGUGGCCACAGGGAUCUGUCGCUCUGAUGACCAUGCGAUAACUGGUGCAAUUGUUAUGCCUUUUCCCAUAAUUCUGGGGCAUGAAGCAGCUGGUAUUGUGGAGAGCGUUGGGCAAGGAGUAACUUCUGUCAAACCAGGAGACAAGGUUAUUCCACUUUUUAUUCCACAGUGUGGGGAGUGCAGCACUUGCCUAAACACCAAGGGGAAUAUGUGCUGUAAAACUGACCUUGGUUCAUCUUCUGGAUUCCUGCCAGAUGGAACCUCUAGAUUCACCUGUAAAGGAAAAACAGUUCACCAUUUUGUUGGUACAAGUACCUUCACUGAAUACACAGUAGUGCAUGAAUGUGCUGUAGCCAAAAUUGAUUCUGGUGCUCCUCUGGAGAAAGUUUGUCUAAUUGGCUGUGGAUUUUCAACUGGUUAUGGAGCUGCUGUGCAGACUGCCAAGGUGGACCCAGGCUCCACCUGCGCUGUCUUUGGCCUCGGAGGAGUUGGCCUCUCUGUUGUCAUGGGCUGCAAGGCAGCUGGAGCUUCCCGCAUCAUUGCUGUUGAUAUCAACAGUGACAAGUUUCCCAAGGCCAAGGAGCUGGGAGCCACUGACUGUGUCAACCCUAAAGAUUUCAAGAAGCCCAUCCAUGAGGUGUUGAUUGAAAUGACUGGCCAAGGUGUGGACUACUCCUUUGAGGUCAUAGGCCGUACUGAAACCAUGUCUGCAGCCUUGGCCUCUUGCCAGCACAAUUACGGAGUCAGUGUGAUUGUGGGAGUGCCCCCUGCAGCACAGAAGAUCACUUUUGACCCCAUGCUCCUUUUCACUGGUCGCAACUGGAAGGGGUCUGUCUUUGGAGGCUGGAAGAGUAAAGAUUCUGUUCCUAAAUUGGUUGCUGACUACAUGAAGAAAAAAUUUGAUCUGGGUCCAUUAAUAACCCACACACUUCCUUUCAUCAAAAUCAAUGAAGGAUUUGAUCUGCUAAGGACAGGGAAGAGCGUUCGCACUGUCCUGCUCUUCUGA